CUGCAGUGGUAGAAGUCACAACACAACGGCUGUUUUUGCAUUUUAAUCCAAAGGACUAGCAACUAAUUUUUCAGUAUGGAGACACUUAUUAAUUUACUUCUGACUUUAUGCACACUGCUUCUGUCUGUGAACUUUAUCCCACUUGUGAAUGCAUACAGGAGCCCACGGACAACCGCUGACGACAGUGUGGCUGGGAUGAGGAGGGCCAGAGCUGUAAACAGACCGAAACCCAUCGACUGUAAGCUGGGGACCUGGUCACCUUGGACACCCUGUAACUCCUGCACAGACCAAAAGGGCCGUUACCGAUACAUGGAGAAGCCCUCACAGUUUGGUGGCACAGAGUGCAUUGAGGCACUGUGGGAGAAGCUGGCAUGUCCAACAGUAACAACACAGUGUCUGGUGACAGAUUACUGUGGAGACAGCUUCACCUGCAAACAAACAGGGCGCUGCAUCAGCCAGUCCCUUCGCUGUAAUGGAGAGUCGGACUGUGAGGAUUUUUCUGACGAAGAGGUCUGUGAAGACGUCACCCAGAGAGACGAUAAGUGUUCCACCUUACUGACGAUCCCUGGUGCUGAACGCGGCACCCAGGGCUACAACGUCUUGACUGGAGACUUUGCGGAUCAAGUACUUGACCCAAAUUAUUUUGGAGGAAAGUGUGAAUAUGUCUAUAAUGGUGAAUGGAGGAAAUUCAUCUAUGACGCAUUCUGUGAGAACCUGCACUACAAUGAAGAUGAGAAGAACUACAGGAAACCUCACAACUACCAUACCUUCCAUUUUGUGGCUCAAGCUACGUCAGAGGGCUCACAGGAAUACUUUGAAGAUAUGGUGAGCAUGCUGGAAGCCAGGAAAACGAUGAGAUCUUCCAGUGGCGGUGUCUCACUUCAAAUCUCUUUUGUGGAAGUGGGGCUGAAUACAAGUGCUGAAUCCAUGUUUCUCAAGAACCUAACGCAACAUAAAAGCCAGGACCUAGGGUUCGUCAGGCUCUGGUCCAAAGUGCAAACAGCCCGCUUCAAAAUGAGAAGUAAUAAGUUGAUGCUUCAUGAAGAUUUCUACGUUUCACUCAUGGAGCUGCCGGAGCAGUAUGAUUUUGGGACGUACUCCCGCUUCUUCAACACAUUUGGCACCGACUAUGUCACAGAGGGAACAAUGGGAGGAACCCUUGAAUAUGUUGUGGUUGUCAACAAAACGGCUAUGGCAGAAUCAAAGAUAGAUGCUAAACAAGCUGGUAGAUGCUUUGGUGCAUCUAUUGGUUUGAGCUAUCCCCUCUCCAGCGUUGUAAAAGCAGAACUCAAAGUGGGCGGGAACCUUUGCAAUAAGGACGGAUCAUUUAGUCAAACCAAGAACUCUCAUUCAGCUGUGAUUGAGGACAUCGUUACUAUAGUGAAGGGGGGAGUCACACACAGCAGCGGUGGCCUGUUGGUUAUCAGGAGCCCCGACACCUACAGGAACUGGGGAGCGUCCCUCAAAUACAACCCAACACUCAUCGAAUAUGAGACCAUGCCAAUUUAUGAGCUAGUGCGCCUCAGCACAGCAGCUGACCAUGUAGGUGCAAGACUGGCCAACUUGGAGAGGGGCUGGGAUGAGUAUCAGCAGCAGUUCGACUCCUGUCGCUGCGCCCCCUGCAAGCACAACGGCAUCCCUGUCCUAAAGGGGACUUCCUGUAAUUGCAUCUGUAAGUUAGGCUACCAUGGAGAGGCCUGUGGAGAGACUCUCCGAAGAGAUACCAAGACAGAUGGGUCAUGGUCAUGCUGGGGCAGCUGGUCAUCCUGUGCAUCAGGGAGGAAGACUCGGACAAGAACCUGUGAUAAUCCUGCACCUGAUGGCGGUGGAACAACCUGCUUGGGCUCCACCUCUCAGAUUCGACGCUGUUAAAGUCACUCCGGUUCCAGGGUGAAAAUGCUGUUGAGCGCUAAGUGAGCAUAAUCCAAGUGUUUUUUAAUGACUAAAAACUGCUCUUCCACUAUCCUUUACUGUCUGACUUCAAAAUAAAAUGAAUGCCUUCAUCAGGACACACAACACACUGUAUAGCAAGGUUGUAAUAAAUGUGUGAUGCAGACUUUA